UAAAGCAAUAAUAAACACGUUUAUCUUAAACAAAUGCCUCCUCGUAGCCACUUUCCACUUGACGACUGGCCUAAUUAAUUUUAUCCUGGGCUCAAUUAGCACACUUUCUUAAAGUCCAAAAUUUGCAAAAUUCACCGUCUUCUCAGGAUGGCUGAUACGGAGGCCAAUAAAUCAGAAGAUGAGAACAGAUCGUCCCUCGUCCAGUUCAUCCUGUUAAGUCUGCUCCUCGUCGCAGUGAUAUUUUCCUGCUUGACCAUCAUCAUCCAAGUGUCGCAGUGCCAAGUGCGCCAUCACAGGGAAGAAUUGCGACAACUAAAGCAGACCAAAACCCAAGAUUUGCCGACUCCACCACCACCACCCGCUCCCGAAGCAAUGAACCCCCUCCAAACUUCCGAUGAUGAUUUCGAGGUGUUCUAUUCUGACCCAGCACCCCCCAAAACGGACGGUUUUGUUCCCACCACCGUUUUUCCUACCCGAUGGCAACACAUUUCCGACAUGAUGGAUAAAAUGUUCCAGCUCGGAAAUAAGAUCUUGGAGGGGGAGAAAGUGCAAAAUGCGGAUAUGAAACUGCACUCCGAGUUAUUAAGCAAGGUGAACGAUAUGGUGGAAGAAGUGGUGGAAUAUCGUGAUCAGAACCAUCCUCCCGGCGUUGUUAUGAUUUAAUGCAGAGUUUGAACGAUGGGCUUACGAAAUUUUUAUGUUGUUAAAAUUAAUCCGUUAUUUAUUUAGGUCUAAAUCAAAAUUUAUCAUCAGGUUUACAAUUUGUAUGGUUUUAUUACAAUGUAUGGUUGCAAAAUUCUAAAUUGAUGCUUGUUAUGUACACAUUAGGUACACGCAGUAUGUAAAUAAAUAUGCAUUUUUGCUAAGAA